AUGAAGGAGAAGUUUGAAAUUGAUUUGGACGAGCAUUACGUGAAAGAUAGUUGUGAGGAUAUUUUGAAAAAUAGAAGUCGGCAAUGGCGAUACAAGUUAAAACAGCUAUUUGAAAGCGCACGUUCGGAGGAAGAAGCUCGUAAAAUUGAAGUGCCAGAGUUGACUCGAGAAAAUUGGAAUAAGCUUUGUGACAUGUGGGUUGAUCCAGAGCAUAAGAAACGAUGCGACAUAAAUAGGGCCAAUCGAAGUAAGCUUAAAACUAAUCAUUUCAUGGGGUCAAAAGCGUUUGUACCGGCUCGUGCUGAACUUGCUGAAAAUGGAGUAGAGCCUGAUAGAAUCGAGUUCUACAAGAGUACUCAUUACUCGACUGAAAAAGGAUGGUCAUCUCUAGAGGCUGAGACAAACUAUAACACCAUGAAAGAUUUGAAAGAUAUAUAUACUUCGGGAGAGCCAGGAGAGCCUUGCAUGACUAUUGAUCAAAUUAUGGAUACUGUACUUGGUACAAAAUCGGGGUACAUAAAAGGUCUCGGUUAUGGUCCGAAACCUGCUACUACCAGAGCCACACAAAGAAGAACAGCAGAGUUAGAAGACUCCCUUAGAAAGACGAAAGAGGCAGCUGCUAGUGCCCAGCAUGAUUUACAGAAACGAUUAAAUGCAGCUGAAGUUGUGGUAGAAACCCAGCAGUCCAAGAUAGAAAACCAGCAGUCCCAGAUAGAAACUCAGCAGGCCCAGAUACAAGCAUUAAAUUCUCAAUUGGUUACUUUAGCAGCACGCCAAGAGGAAAUGUUUAAAAAAAUGCAACAUUUUGCUAGCUCAUCGCCAUCAAGGUUAGAAGUAACACAACUUUACAUGAUAAGUUCUAUUUUUGUUCUUUUAUUAUAUAUGCCUCUUAUACAACUGUACUCAUCAAAACUGGAAUAAACAUGAAGGAAAGAGUAGUACUCCUCAUAAAUCUAGCUAGACACUUGAAACAUAAAAAGAGUUACUGCUAUUAGGAGAAGAUAUUAGAAUUGUUGUUGUUGCAGCAGUCUUUAAACUUUGAGAUAUUUAUUUAUCCAAGAUAAUACUCAUUAAUUGGU